AGGUUUGCUAGGGAUCGAGAAAACCUUUAUAUAUACUUGUACAAGCAUGGCAGCGAACAUUGAAGGUAUCCGAGAAGAUGAAAUCUCCAAACUGGAAGAAGGUGUCCAUGCAGAUAAUAUAUGUGCGUCCCAGUCUAACACUAGAAUAGGAUUUUGUUCAUCACCUUCCGUUGUUGCUGUUGCACAAAAGUUGAUUGCAGAGGCAAUUGGGACGUACUUUAUUAUAUUUGCAGGAUGUGGAUCAGUAGCAGUGAAUAAGCUAUACGAUGGGAGUAUUACGUUUCCAGGGAUAUGCGUGACAUGGGGUUUAAUUGUGAUGGUUAUGAUUUACUCUUUGGGACACGUAUCAGGAGGUCAUUUUAAUCCUGCUAUUACGAUCACUUUCACUAUCUUCCGUCGUUACUCAUGGAAACGGGCACCUUUUUACAUAAUAGCUCAGCUAACGGGCUCAAUUCUAGCAAGCGGCACAUUAGCACUAUUGUUGGACGUCACUUCCACAUCUUAUUUUGGUACUAUUCCAGUAGGAUCUAAUGGCCAAUCUUUGGCUAUGGAAAUCAUCAUUUCCUUCCUCCUAAUGUUCGUUGUUUGCGGAGUUUCUACAGAUGAUAGAGCGGUAUGUUAUUUAUUAUAUUUUACAUUGAGCAGAUAACUUCAUUAGAAAUUUAGCACCAUUCUCAAGGUCAUUGGUUAAUUCAUUUGUUUUGCAUGUGAAAAACAGAUAGGAGAACUGGC